AUGGCAACGCCACCAUCAACUCAACCACAAGACCCCCAACAAUUGCCUCCUCCUCCCCUCAAAGUCGACCUCGAGGGACAAACCAAACAAGCCCUCAAGCAAGAGAUUGAGGUCGUAGACUUCUCGAAACGUGCUCAAUGGCUUCGCGCCACCGUGCUGGGCGCAAAUGACGGGCUACUCUCGCCGGUGUCACUCAUGAUGGGUGCCGGUGCUGUCCACAAGGACGUCAAGACCAUGGCGAUAACUGGGGUGGCGGAGCUAAUCGCCGGGGCCUGUAGCAUGGCCAUUGGGGAGCUUGUAUCCAUGUACUCGCAGUACGACAUCGAGGUGGCUCAGAUGAAGAGAGAGGACAAAAACGGAUCCUUAGGAAUCGAAGAGAUGGAUGCGAGGAAAGAGAAGCUGCCAAGCCCAUGGAAGGCGGUAGGGGCAUCGGCACUGGCCUUUGCAGUGGGGGCGCUGGUGCCACUCCUAGCAGCUGUGUUCAUAAAGGGGUACCAGGUGAGUUUGGUGGUGGUGACAGUGGCGGUGAGCAUGGCGUUGGUUGGAUUCGGCGGGCUGAGCACGGUGCUGGGAAAGCACCAAUGGUGA